UCCAAAAUGCGUCGUACUGCGCUCUUCCUUCCAAGGAACAACAUGGCGGACUUCUGAGACUCCUCUAUUUUUCCUCUUUUUCUACAGCAAGAACUGUGUGUCUGCUCUUCCUUUGAUCGUUCCUUAUAACUCCAAGCAUGGGAGACUUACCGCCUGGGUUUUAUCGGACUGAACUCGUCAAUACAGUGUACGAAGUUCCGCGCAAGUAUCAAGAGUUGAGUCCUAUCGGGACAGGAGCUUACGGUCAAGUUUGCUCCUCAACAAUCACAGAACCAGACCCAACAAACCCAGAUGGGCCAAACACUGUUGCUAUCAAGAAGCUUUCAAGACCCUUUCAGUCUACCAUGCACGCCAAGAGAACAUACAGAGAAUUAAAGCUGUUGAGACACAUGAGGCAUGAGAAUGUCAUUAGUCUGUUAGAUGUCUUCACUACUGCAUCUGCCUUUGAACACUUCCAAGAUGUAUACAUGGUAACUGAACUGAUGGGUUCAGACCUGAAUGGCAUUCUGAGAUUUCAAAAGCUGUCUGAUGAACAUGUGCAGUUUUUAGUCUACCAGAUCCUAAGAGGACUUAAAUAUAUUCAUUCAGCCGGAGUAAUCCACAGAGAUCUAAAGCCAAGUAAUAUUGCAGUCAAUGAAGACUGUGAAUUGAAGAUUCUGGAUUUUGGGCUAGCAAGAAUGACAGAUGCUGAGAUGACCGGUUAUGUUGCAACACGGUGGUACAGAGCACCAGAAAUCAUGUUGAACUGGAUGCACUACAAUCAAACAGUUGACAUUUGGUCUGUUGGAUGCAUUAUGGCUGAACUUUUAACUUCAAAAACACUCUUUCCUGGAAAUGACCACAUUGAUCAACUCACAAAAAUUAUGCAAUUGGUGGGCAAACCCUCUGACGAUUUCCUGCAAAAAAUUGACAGCGAGUCGGCAAGAAAUUACAUAGCUCAAAUGCCAGAUUAUAGAAAAACACCAUUUGAUGAGUAUUUCGUUGGAGCCAACCCAUUAGCUGUAGAUUUGUUGGAAAAGAUGUUAAACCUUGACACAGAUCAUCGGAUAACGGCUGUGGAGGCUUUAAGCCACCCAUACCUAGCAUCCUAUGCUGAUCCAAAUGAUGAGCCAACAUGCUCCACUUUUGAUGAUUCUUUUGAUGAGAAGGAACUGUCUAUUGAAGGAUGGAGAGCCUUGGUGUACCAAGAAAUCUUGGACUUCCAACAGAAGAGAUCCAUGGCUAUUGAGGAGGCGGCAAAAGAGGAGGAACCUAUGCAGUCGUGAUGGGAUUACCUCCAUAUUUUAGCAUUUUUCUGGGUCAGACAAGUAUGGAUUUUAUAGAGCUAGGACUCCUGUACCUAUUCAAUCCAACAUCCUCAUUCGUUACUUUUGGCACCCAAGUAGCAGCUUUGUUGUCCUCCUGGCCUCUGUAUGCUCCCCCUCUUCCCCCCCAAUACUUCAAGGCAAGCCCUAGCAUGGCCUCUAUGAAUAAUUUGUAAAGUAAACUGAUAAAAAACAAUGAUGUUGACAUGAGCUUAACUAGCCAACUAACAAGGCAAAGAAUGCAGUGCACAUGACUGCCUGAAAUAAUCUCCCUUGGUAGGGAAAUCAAUGAAAAUAAAAUAUGUUAUUUGGCUCUGUAUUGGUGGCCAUGGUAGGCCAUUUUUAAGCACUGGUUAUUUCUCCAUUUGGCCGAAAGAGAAAUAGGAGGGGAUCAUUUUGACCAUAUUCUCACGCAUUUUUAUUUUUCAUUAUGUAAAACACCUCAGUUUGUAAAGCCCCAUGUAAAUAGCACCAGCUGGCCCCUAUACUGUGUAAACCAAGACAAAUGAACAAAAAGUUUGCCACAUCUCUCCAACCAGGACCCUGGCAGGGGGUGGAGCACCCGCAAUAUUUGAAUUAUAAGAAAAUGACCACUAGGGGUUUGGCUGUGACCCCAUCUUUCUCAAAAUCUUUCUAAUAUUUCCACUACAGCUCUGCUAACAAGGUAAAGCCUACUUUUUAUGGGGUUCACAAAACUGAUAGUGUUUUAUCUAGAUAGAUAGAUUAAAUCUGUAGGAUAAAUUUAAAUUAUAUUUUAUUCCAUGUUUUUUUUAGUUUUGACUGAUUUUGUAUAUGAAAAAUUCUGUAUAGUAACAUACUUGUCCUUUCUUCGAACUGUAACAUUGUAUAAUAAAUAGUAAAAUUCUUUUAACAUGAA